AUGCUGCAACUCAUGCAAAUGGAGAAAGCAAGUGGUCAUUCCUGUUCAGUUUGACAGAUCUGAAAUCAAUCAAACAAAACAAAGAAGGCAUGGGAUGGUCUUAUUUGGUGUUCUGUCUGAAGGAUGAUGUGAAUCUUCCAGCUCUUCACUUUCAUCAUGGAGAUAGCAAGCUAUUGAUUAAAUGCCUUGAAAAGCAUGUUGUGCUGAAUGAAUCUCCACAGGAUAAACGUGUUCUUCUUGUGAAUUCACAGAACAAGUCUCCGUCACAGUCUUUUGAAAAUCUCUUUGAUGAACCAUCAUAUGGCUUAUUACAAAAGCUGAAGAAAGAUCCAUACACAGUAACAAUGGGAAGAUUUUCCAAAGUCACAAACUACAUUUUUGACAGUUUGCGCUUAAGCGACCCUUCGAGUCAGAGGCGGCCGCCGUCCGAAAUGGCGGAUUUCCUCAACGACGCCAUUCCUGGGCUGAAGAUCAAUCAGCAGGAGGAGCCCGGCUUUGAGGUCAUCACACGGAUCGAUCUAGGAAAACAGCCUGAAGUUAGUAGAAGAGAGCCUGUGUCAGCUGAAGAAUGGGCUAAGAAUAUGGAUUCUGAAGGAAGAAUUUUAAAUGUCAACUACAUAAAGCAAUUGAUAUUCAAAGGGGGUCUCUGCCAUACUUUAAGAAAAGAAGCAUGGAAAUUUCUUUUGGGUUAUUUUCCUUGGAAUAGCACUAAAGAAGAAAGAGCAAAUCUGCAGAAAAGGAAAACGGAUGAAUAUUUCAGGAUGAAGCUGCAGUGGAAAUCUGUCAGUGAGGAACAGGAAAAACGAAACUCAAGAUUAAGAGAUUACCGGAGCCUUAUAGAAAAAGAUGUAAACAGGACAGAUCGGACAAACAAAUUCUAUGAAGGCGAAGAUAAUCCAGGACUGAUAUUACUUCAUGAUAUUUUGAUGACCUAUUGCAUGUAUGACUUUGACUUAGGUUAUGUCCAGGGGAUGAGUGACUUGCUUUCACCUCUCUUGUAUAUUAUGGAGAAUGAAGUAGAUGCCUUUUGGUGCUUUGUAUCAUAUAUGGAUCAAAUGCAUCAGAACUUUGAAGAACAGAUGCAGGGUAUGAAGACACAGCUAAUUCAGCUGAGUACUUUGCUGCGUUUACUAGACAGUGGAUUUUGCAGUUAUUUAGAAUCUCAAGACUCAGGCUACCUUUAUUUUUGCUUCCGAUGGCUUCUUAUCAGAUUUAAAAGGGAAUUUAGCUUUCAAGAUAUUCUUCGACUUUGGGAGGUCAUGUGGACAGAAUUGCCUUGCCAGAAUUUUCAUCUUCUCCUUUGUUGUGCUAUCUUAGAAUCUGAAAAGCAGCAAAUAAUGGAGAAGCACUAUGGCUUUAAUGAAAUAUUAAAGCAUAUCAAUGAACUGUCAAUGAAAAUUGAUGUGGAAUAUAUACUCUGCAAAGCAGAAGCAAUUUCUAUGCAGAUGAUGAAUUGCAAGGAAUUGCCUCAAGCGGUGGGUGAGAUCCUGGGGAUCGAGAGCAGUUCUGCGACUCCAGAUUCGGAGGCGGGGGAGGAGGAGGGCGGGGCUGUGCCCAGCUGUCCCACGCCGCUGUGCCAGAGCGUCCCCACGCCGGCAGCGGCUGCCAACGGAGCAGGAGACGGCGCUCAGCAGGCGGCUGAGGCACACAGCCUGGCACCUGCCUAACCACAGCAGGCUCAGCUGAAGAAAGACUUUUACUGAGCACGUUUCUUUCAAGCACUUGAGAGAUGGAUAUUUAAAUUUGGUGUUGAUUAAGCUUUAAGGUUGGAAAGAAAAUCUGUACUGUAAUGCCCUUGCAUUAAAGCUUUACAACAUGACUCAACUUAACUAUUUUUGUAGUUUCUUCUGCCAAAAUAGCCUUUUCUUUUCAAUAACAUUCCUUAAUAUUUUUGUAGCCAAGUGCAUUUUCUUUUUGCUGGUGAACUGGAAAUAGAUGGUGAUUAAGAAUGAGUUUGAGAAUUACGCAUUUGCAGAGCUUUCACAUGUAUUGAUCUAUGACGGUGUGAGCUCCUUGAUCUGAGCAGAUCUGCAAUUGGCAAUCUAGCAGAAGCUGCUGUCCAGAAGUUUUGAGCUCAAGAGAUGCUGAUGCGUUAAAGAAGGAUCAUUUUGUAAAUGGAUGGGUUUUCCCUAUCUCAAAUGUUUACAAAAAUACUUCUAAGUAUUUGUUGCUGGUUGAAUGUAGAUUUGAAAUGGACAUUUAUACUUGCGCAGUUUAAUGUCCAAAUACUGAGUUUUGUGUAACCGGGAGUGGAUGAACAGUAUAUUUUUACAUUAACAUAUCUUCACUUUAUAUAUGCAUAUAUAUAUUUACACGCAUUACAGACACUAUAUACACGUUUGUGAAUACUAAAAAGAAUAGUCGUAUUUUCAGUAUCUGAGUAAACUUGACUGUUCAUUCAUAUGAAUCAGUUUGACCAAAUUAAUGCACAGCUCCAACUUGGGCUCUUUUUCAAAACUUUUCUAACUGAAGGUAACUUUCAUGUGAAUACAUUCAGUCCUA